UCCGGACGUUCAGUUUUGAGUAAAGUCAGAACCCGUCUACGGUCUACCUAUUAGACUUUCUCUGGUAAAUAGAUGCAUGUUCGCGUAUAAGUUAUUGAAUUCUUUGUGGUUAAGGGAGGUCUUACUGUCAUUGGGUUAAUCAAACUCAACCAAAGAAAUAAUCAGGCAGCUUAGUGCCUGCGUCUUUUUCAUACGUGAGCAUCCUUCGUGUUAAAACGUCUAUAGCCUAGCUCUACACCGUCUCUUAGCUAACGUUAACUAGCUGAGUAGCUAACCAGUAACUUACGAUUGGCAGGACUUCCAUGAUUUCUGGAAUCGAAAAAAGUAAAUCGAGUGGUACUAUGUUCAGUGUUUGACAUCACAUGUAUAUCUACGAGUUGGUAGCCUACAUUAGACUGUAUGACUGCGUAGAUUAAUCAGCGAGCCAGCUGGAGGUGGGAAGCUAUAAUGUCCUCAAAAGCGCAUAACUAUAACGUUAGCCCUUAACCUAAAAUCUUUAUGAACAAACGUAACACAAGUGGUCCUCCCUGCAGCAAUGGAUCCAUUGAAUACUCUAUCGAAUUUCGAAUCAGAGAUGGAACCUGAUAGUCAGAGCAGUUAUUCAUUGUUCCCUGCCCUGGACAGUAUGACAGGUUUAGUGGGGACUACGGACACUCUCGAAGCGGAACAAACCAGUGAUGUUGUUGACAAACCUAAUCUUACCUGGCUGGAUGCUGCACAGAUCGUGCUUGAAGAAGCUGGACGUCCAAUGCACAUCAAAGAGAUUAAACAAAGAAUCAUUGAUCGGGGACUCGUACAGUCUAAUGCAAAGUCAAGCUUGGAAGCAGUAAUGUAUCGAGAGACAGAUGAGGAGCGACAGCAGGCGCUGCAGGUGGCCUUCUCCAGCACCAGUUCUGGGGGGCCCUUGCUGCCCUCCCCCCCAUCGGGGGCCUCAGAGGUUCGGCCUAAGGCCAAGAAGAACCCUCGCAAGAACCAGAACGAGAAGUAUCGGCUCAAGUACCUGAGACUCCGCAAGGCUGCACGCACCAUGAUCUUUGGGAACGCAGCUCUGUGUGAUGAAGUGGCAUAUCUGGAGGAGAAGUUUGUACGUGCCAAAGAAGAGCGGAGGUUCCUUUUGAAAACACUGCUGCAGUACCAGUCAGUGUCAGACAGCGACUUUGCCAGUGGGCCAAGUGGAAGUGGGCAUUUCCCAGCAGGCUUUGGCUCCAGCGGGGCCUCCGGGGGCCAAGGCCUGGGGCCCGGGGCCUCCUCUGCUGAGGAGGGCACCCCAAAAAGGCCCAAAAAGGAGCGCAAGGAGCGAGGGAGGGAGAACGGAAGAGAGGAAGUCCCCAGGAAGAUAUCUAAGAAGCGAAAGGUUGCAGAGGGAGGGGCACGGAGGCUGGUCCAGCCAAUCCCACUGGACUCCACUGGACGACCUGUGUUUCCCAUCGUGCUAGGUGGCUUGACCGUCUACAGCCUCGGAGAGAUCAUCACAGACCGUGUUCCCUUCCAUGACGAGAGUUCUAUCUAUCCAGUGGGCUUCUGCAGUACGCGUGUGUUUGCCAGCAUGAAGAGUCCAGACCAGCAGUGUUUGUACACAUGCCAGAUCAAAGAUGGAGGCACUGGCCCUCAGUUUGAGAUUGUUCCGGAAGAUGACCCCCAGAAUUCCAUAGCGGCCUCUUCAGCGCUCGGAUGUCACACCAACCUGCUGAAAGCCAUCACGGCCAUCCGGGGUAAGCCACAGGUCCCUAUAGUGCCAUCUGGAGCAGACUUCUUUGGCUACUCUCACCCAACCAUCCAGAAUCUCAUUCAGAGUUGCCCUGGAGCACGCAAGUGUAGCAACUACCGUUGGGUUCGGUUUGAGGUUUGUCGUCCGGGUGACGGGCAGGUACCACACACACUCGCGGAGGAUGAUGCGUCUGUAAACUUCGAGGCAUUCCAGCGGCAGCAGCAAGGCUUCAGUGGCGGCGCGUCGCCAGAGCGACCAGCCAGUGCCAUCUCUGGUCGGCCCCCACAGGCCCCUGGCUCUUCCCAUCACCAUCUCCUGAGUACUGGUGCUUUGCCAACAGCGACCUCCUCCUCACAGUUUGGAACAUAACAUGAUCUGCCACACACUCAAGCACACAGAGACGCAGGCACCAGGGCCAGCUUGUGUAGGACCGAUCAAUCAGUCCUCAUCUUCCAGAACAGCCUUUUUCUUAUUUUUGGAAUAACAAGUUGUCAUUCUG